AAAAUAAUAGUUGAUGUGGGUUGCAAGGAGCUACAAGUUAGGCUCAGGAAAAAUAUUUGUCCUAAUAAUCAAUCUGUUUAAACCAGUUGGGCAAUAAAAACUGCAUUCUUCCUUGUUUUCCAGCAUACACUGACCUUGUAUUUUCAGACCGGCUGAACACAACUGAUCACUGCAAUCAGCAGUGGGUGGGGUGAGAUAACACACAGGGACAUUUCUUGUUUUGAUCUUUGUAGAUUUGAAGGGCAACGGUGAUGUUCUGAUGAAAUGUGACGCACUACAGUCACUCUUGAACCUGUCGGAAAUGUGGGCCCCUCCACAUCUCAGAGGCCCCACCCACACCAUUUAACAGCAUGGUCACAUGUUGUACUGUAAGCCAGCAGAGUCUAGUGAGUCUUGUAAAAACAUGGUGGCAUAUACUGUCCUGCCAAAUUUUUCUCUGAAUUUUGUGGAAUGAGUUCACUCAGGCAAAAUUCCAACAGACUGAAGGAUCACUGAAAAGGCAGUAAUAUGAGAAAUACGGUUCAAAUCAAUCAGACCGCUGGUGAAAACCUGGUGGAGAAUGUUUAACUGGGCCGAGGAGUGGAACUUCUCCUUUUCUGGGUGUGGAUUCAGGAGUAUUUACUACGUGGGAGUUCUGAGCUGCUUCCUAGAGCGAGUCCCCCAGCUGGUCCACGGUGCCUCAAAAAUUGGUGGAGCUUCAUCUGGGUGUCUGGUGGCAGCAGCUCUGACUGUUGGAACUUCCAUGGAACAGCUCUGUUUGGAUAUCAUGACCACAGCAAAGGAGGCCAGAAAACAGACCCUUGGAGUUUUCCACCCCAGCUUCUGUCUGUUGCGGACGGUGCAGCGCUCCUUGCUGGAUAGGAUCCCCAUCGAUGCCCAUCUUCGAGCGUCUGGAAAGCUGUGCGUGUCUCUCACCAGGCUGUCGGAUGGAGAAAACGUUCUGGUGUCAGAAUUUGCCAGUAGAGAGGAGCUCAUUCAGGUUCUCAUGUGCAGCUGCUUUUUCCCAGUUUAUUGUGGCUCAACGCCUCCUUCAUAUCGUGGAGUGCACUACAUGGAUGGAGCCCUGAGCAACAGCAUGCCCCUGUUCGAGCACAGAAACACCAUCACCGUGGCUCCAUUUUCAGGAGAGAGCGACAUUUGCCCGACAGAGGGUACUUUCAACUUCUUCGAGGCAAACUACGGAAAUGUUAGCAUUCAGGUCAACACUGGGAAUGUUCAUCGUGUUUGUACAUCCUUCUUUCCUCCUCCACCGGAGAUGCUGGCUGAAAUCUGCCACAAUGGCUACAUGGAUGCCCUUUGCUUCUUGAUAAGACAAGGUCUUUGCAGUGCAGGGUUUAAUCCCUGCAAUAUGUUGUUGGAAGAGGACAAAGUCAAACCUCCAUGUUGUGAUUUUGUGAAAGAAAAGUGGAAGAUGAAAAAGAUGCUGUUGACGGAAGAGCACUGGUGGCUUAAUCCCAAAAUAAUAGAAAACCUCCCACCUGGUGUCAAGAAAGGUUUUCAUCUUUUGCUGCAUGCUUGCAUGUGUGUGUGUGUGUGUGUGUGUGAGACAGUACUGUGUGAGGCGUGCAGGGACGCUGCUGAGGCUGACAGCUGGUGGUCUCGGAUGACAGAGUUCCUCCUGGUGAAAAUCUUGCUGUGCAUGCUGACCCUUCUUCUUGUGCCCCUUCAGUUUGCCCUUUUCCUGGUUAAAAGUGGGAUGAUCAUCUGUAUGAACAGGCAACAGCAAACUGUUGAUAGGAUCAAUAGAACGCCACAGAUGUCUGCAGAGCGUCAGGGAGUUUCACCUAAAAUACUUGGACAGCAGGGCAGCAGUAAGUCGUCUGAAUCUGCAGUCAGCUGACAUGAAGUCUUCUGUGAUCCAGUUAAAACAUUCCUCCAUCCACUUUCUGAGCCCAAUCCUGUUUGGAGUCACAAGGAUGCUGGAGCCUACCCUGAUACUUUUGAAGGCAGGGAACCCCUUGGACGGUUCACUGGUCCAUUGGAAGGCCACAGAAAGACAGACUAUCACAAAUGUACUCACACUCACAUGUAAGGUUUAAGAUUAGAGUCAUCAUUAAACAUAUGAAGCAUGUUUCUGGACUGUGUCUGGAGAAAACCCACAAAGUAUUCAAAGGUUACAUUUCUUUACAUAACUCUUGCUGCAUGUAUAUUUAUUUGUAAGGCUCACAGGUACAUAGAAACAAAAAUAAAUAGUAUUUGAAAAGAAAUAUCUUUCAAUUUUAGAAAAAAAAAAACAUCUUAAACAUAUUAAAUAUUAUUUCACAUUGCCAGUAUGUAAUGAAGCAAAAUGCUGUAAGAGUGGAAAAGCAUUUAUGCUUAUUUUGCUUUAAUUCAGGGUUUGUAUUUUUAUGCAAACCAAACUGAAGCAAUGUUUAAAAACAAUGUGUAAGAUAUAAGAUCUAGAAAAUUAAGCAAGUAUUUUGAAAAAUCUUAGACAAAAUAUAUUUUUAAGACAUUUUUCAAGUAAUUAAAAGAUUUCAGAGCGACGACUUCAAGAAGUAUCACUAGUUUUCUGCUCAUUUUGGCUGCUAAAACACGGCAGAGAUCUCCUUGUAUACCUUGUUUGUGAGUCAAAACAACCAAUAAAACUGAACUAUAGCUCA